GGAGAGAAAAGGGACACAUCUCGAGUGGAAAGCCACGGAAUCCUUUUGGUCGCGUUCGGCGAGAGAUUUCUCGCUGACUUGCGCCGAAAAGUGUAUCGUAAAUCAUCAGAGGGAUUUCGUCGGGGGGGAGAAAACAACAACAAAUGGCCAGUGAGUAAUUUACUGUGAUCUUGUGGUAAAAUGGUGACGAGGAUUUGAGGUCUACACAGCCAGUUCCGCACGGUUUAAGGAUAAUCAGUGUGUCAGUUUGGGCUUUCUUAUGUAAAGCAGCUGUCUUUGAAGGCGGAUCUUUUGGCAGGUUGGUUCAGGACGGUGGCAGAGGAGCUCAGACACAGACCGCGCGCGAGGCAGCGAGCAACUCUUGACGGAGCAGCGGAGUGUGACACGAGCUGAAGUGAAUAUUCUCACGUUUAUCGAGCGGAUUCAUUCAUUCAUUUUCAGAUGACUGCGAUAAAACGACGCCGUGCCUUCAGUUUGUUUAGUUUGGAUAGACUUUGCGGAGGAAGAAUGUGGAAAAUAACGCGAGAGCGAGUUGAAAAGUAAGUGUAGUUUCUUGAGGGAAACGGAACGUCAACAUUAUCUCACAGGAGAAGACCAAAAGAGUUUCAGAAGAAGGAAUUAUAAUUUGUGGACUGGGAAUUGAACAUAAACUCUGUGAAACCUCUCUAUGAUGAAGGCUUUCUAAUACUUAUAUUUCCAAAAAAUCUUACUUUUGAACUGGACUGGUUGUUUGGAGUCUGAGUUACUGACUCAGUUCCAUUAAUUCGCAAAGGAAAACAAAUUCAUCCUCACCUUGCUCAAUUUUCUGGGAUACAAUUAUUUUUUUAGUAAACCGAAUAAAAUUAUAAAGAGUGAUAAUGAAGCAACUUUUCUAGUAAAAAAUACAGAGCUUUUUUUUUUAAAGACGAUCCCUGUUACGUGAAUUUAUAUUAAAAGACAAUGUUUGCUGCCACUUUUGGACUCAGCCUUGUGCUGCUGUGCAUUGUCGGGUUUUGUUCUGCUAUCAGCUCCAUCGACCCAGACCGGCCAGGUGAAGGAAGAUGCCAAGAGAUCGCCAUUCCACUCUGUAAGGACAUUGGCUACAACUUGACAGUUAUGCCGAACUUAAUGGGACAUGAAGAUCAAAGUGAGGCAGCCAUAAAGCUGCACGAGUUUGCUCCGCUGAUUGAGUUCGGCUGCCACAGUCAUCUGAAGUUUUUCUUGUGCUCGCUCUACGCUCCCAUGUGCACGGAGCAGGUAUCCACACCCAUCCCAGCGUGCCGCGUAAUGUGUGAGCAGGCAAGGCAGAAGUGUUCUCCAAUCAUGGAGCAGUUUAACUUCCACUGGCCUAAGUCACUAGACUGUUCCAGACUGCCAAAUAAAAACGACCCCAAUUAUCUCUGUAUGGAGGCACCCAACAAUGGCACCGACGAGCCCCCAAAAGGCUCCCACACACAGCCACCAGACUCCCGACCCCCUCGGCCAGGUAACAGCCAAGAACUGCCAAUAAAGGAAAGGGUCGGUAAGACGACAUGCAGCAAUCCUGGAAAGUUUCAUUAUGUUCAGAAGAGCGAGUCCUGUGCUCCCAAGUGUUACUCCAAUGUUGAUGUGUACUGGAGCAAGGGUGACAAGCGCUUCUCCAUGGUGUGGAUUGCCAUCUGGUCCAUCCUGUGCUUCAUCUCCAGUGCCUUUACCGUCCUCACCUUCCUCAUCGAUCCACAGCGCUUCAAGUACCCCGAGCGACCCAUUAUCUUCUUGUCUAUGUCUUAUUGUGUCUACUCUGUGGGCUUUCUUAUAAGACUUUUCGUGGGGGUGGAAAAUGUGGCCUGUGACCGUGAUGGUGGCGUUCAGUACAUUAUCCAGGAAGGCUUGGAAAGCACUGGCUGCACUAUAGUCUUCCUCAUUCUUUAUUACUUCGGAAUGGCCAGUUCCCUGUGGUGGGUUAUUCUGACUCUCACAUGGUUCCUCGCAGCUGGGAAAAAAUGGGGUCAUGAGGCCAUCGAAGCCAACAGCAGCUACUUCCAUCUAGCGGCAUGGGCCAUACCAGCUAUUAAGACCAUCAUGAUCCUGGUUAUGAGGAAGGUAGCGGGAGAUGAGCUCACAGGGGUCUGCUAUGUGGGCAGCAUGGAUGUCAAAGCCUUGACGGGUUUUGUUCUUAUUCCCCUCUCUUGCUACCUCAUUAUUGGCACUUCCUUUCUGCUCUCAGGGUUUGUGGCGCUCUUUCACAUCCGUAAGGUCAUGAAGACCGAAGGAGAGAAUACGGAUAAGCUGGAGAAGCUGAUGGUUCGGAUCGGUGUCUUCUCUGUGCUCUACACGGUCCCCGCCACUUGCGUCAUCGCCUGCUAUUUUUACGAGCGUCUCAACAUGGAUUAUUGGAAAAUUCUAGCAGGAGAGCAGAAGUGCACUGAGGACAGUAAGAGCGGCGAGGAGUGUGUGAUGAAGAGCUCCAUCCCGGCUAUGGAGAUCUUCAUGGUUAAGAUUUUUAUGUUGCUGGUGGUGGGCAUCACCAGUGGCAUGUGGAUCUGGACCUCUAAAACGCUACAGUCGUGGCAAAAUGUUUUCAGCCGCAAACUUAAAAAGAAGACUAGGAGGAAGGCUGCAUGUGUUUUCACAGGAAGUGGACCUUACCUCAAGCCUCAUCCUGCACUGAAAGGACAUAAAGCCAAGUAUGAACCGGCCGGUCCUCCUGCGACCUGUGUAUGAGCUGGGCCUCUAUACACAUACAAACGGCCAAGAAAUUAAGUAAAUGCUGGACUUUAACGAACUGCUUUACAAAGAGACAAGCCAGCAAAGGACACAACCAUGACCGUAUUUAUUGUAGGCAAAUUUCAGAUGCAACGUCCCCAACAGGUUUUUUUAGUUCUUGGUGCUUGUACUACAUCUGAAACUUUGCAUACUUUGGGGACAGUUUUGUGAAACAAAGAAAACGGGAGCGAGACCCUAUUACUGUCAUUGGGAUGCCUGUAUCAUGUCAUGUGCAAUAGUUGUUUCCCUUAGUGACAGAGAGAAAGGGACUCUGAUACUGUAGGGCUGUGAUUAAAGACAAUGAAAGGACUCAACAAACAAUGGGUGUGAAUGGCUCGGGGAAAAGCGGCUCCUCCAUGGCGUAGUCGUGUGGCUUUUCUAUGGAAAUGAAGGCCGUGUCAUACACAACUGCAUUGACAUUGGAGUGCAGCUGCUCAAUAAGGCCUCGGCAGAGAAUGAACUGCCUAUUUUUAGGCCUUUUCAUGGAACAAAGUAAAUCUUUAAGCACUAAAUAUUGCCAACACAAAGAGAGAAACUUGUUAUUUGAGUUGUUUUGUACAGUCAGUUCAUGCCCUCUGGUCUGUUUUGUUAUACCAAGCUCUUUUUAAUGUCCUACAUUCAUUUGUGUAUAUUUCUAAAGGUUCAUAUUUUAUAAGAAUAAAUAAAAGAAUUUAGUUUUAAAUCUCUGAAA